GUCCGAGGAAGCUUUCAAUUUCAAAAGACAACCAAACAAAGAAAGAAACAACAGAAGCUGGUGUUUAUUGUUAUUUGUUAGAGUUAGUGUUGAGCCUCAAACAACACAACACAGGUUCCUCGCUGGAGGCCAUGGUUGCUCUCCCUUCUGUGGAGUUCAAACCACUGCUCCAACGGGCUUCUUCUCUCUCUAUCUUUUCUCUCUCUAGCACCUUCUCAAACUAAGUCUUAUCGAGUUUUUGAAUUUUUCUUCGCUAAAGGUGAGCUCUUUUGGCUGUGCCUGGAUCUGGGGUUGUCUAGUUUUGGGCGGAUUCUGAUGGGUUUGUGCUGUUUUCACUUGUUAUCCUUGUUUCUUAGCUGUUUUGGCUUCUGGAUGUUGCUGCUUUUGUCGUUUUAGAGUUUAUUAACGAUCAUUCGUGUCUGUUACAAGAUCAGCUUAUUUGGAAAAAAGGGAGAGAGGUGGUCCUGAGUCCUGACUGGUUCAGAUUCAUGGUAUCGUGUGCCUUACGUCGAGUUUCUUUGUCAAAUAUCAGCCACUUUAAGCUUCUUCUAAGAUUUGACUCUGAAAUGGAGGGUUUUGGUGGAUGACAGUUUAAGCAAGACAAUCAAAGGUUGACUUUUGUGUUUAGUAUUCAUAUUUUGUCAAAGAGGCUGUUGCUGUUUCCAGAAUAAGAAGUUUCAACAAUUCAACCAGAGUACUGAUAGGGUAAGUAAAUUAAAUUGUUACUACUCUUUUUGGGUUUGUUGAGGAGUGAGAAAAUUGGUAUGGCUGUUGCCAAGAGCAACAGCAACAGUGGACCUUGUACUUCAUAUAAUUGUUACAAAGUAGCAGGCUUGACUGAAACCAUAUUAGACACAAACCAUACCUCUAAUUUGAAAGAUAGGUACAUUCUUGGGGAGCAGUUAGGUUGGGGACAGUUUGGUGUGAUAAGAGCAUGCUCUGACAAGUUGUCAGGAGAGGUUUUAGCUUGCAAAUCAAUUGCUAAAGAUAGACUGGUUACUUUGGAUGAUCUGAGAAGUGUCAAGCUUGAGAUUGAGAUAAUGGCUAGGCUAUCUGGGCAUCCAAAUGUUGUGGAUCUCAAGGCAGUUUAUGAAGAAGAAGGGUUUGUUCAUUUGGUUAUGGAGCUUUGUGCUGGAGGGGAGCUGUUUCACCGGUUAGAGAAGCAUGGAAGGUUUUCUGAAUCUGAAGCCAGAGUUAUCUUUAGGCACCUAAUGCAGGUGGUUUUGUAUUGUCAUGAAAAUGGGGUUGUUCAUAGAGAUUUGAAGCCUGAGAACAUUCUCCUAUCGACAAGAGCCUCUUCAUCUCCAAUUAAAUUGGCUGAUUUUGGGCUUGCAACUUACAUUAAGCCUGCAGGACAGAGUUUGCAUGGGUUAGUUGGGAGUCCAUUCUAUAUAGCUCCAGAGGUACUUGCUGGUGCAUAUAACCAGGCUGCUGAUGUUUGGAGUGCAGGGGUUAUUCUUUACAUUCUAUUGAGUGGGAUGCCUCCAUUUUGGGGGAAGACCAAAUCGCGGAUAUUUGAAGCUGUUAAGGCUGCUUCCCUUAGGUUCCCAUCGGAACCUUGGGAUCGCAUUUCUCAAUCUGCUAAGGAUUUGAUCAGGGGAAUGCUGUGUACAGAACCUUCUCGAAGGCUUACUGCUCAAGGGGUUUUAGAUCAUUGCUGGAUGGAAAGCAAUCAAACAAAUACUGAACAACUAAGUACACAUAAAAUCCGACGUUGUGAAGAAUGGGAUGUUGGUGGCAGCUCAUUCUCUGCCUCUUUUAUGUCCAGGAAUCAGGACAUCAGCUUUGGCACGGGAUCGCCUACUUGUGAUGCUCAAUCAACUACAUUCACUUGCAGAUCAUCGUUUUCUUCUUUUUUUGUGGAACCGGUUACUCCUUGUUUAAUUUCUGGUGGGUUUUCAUUUCGGAGCACAGACGAUUCAACAAGUUUGGAAUUUUCUUCUCCUGUUGUUCCCUCGAUGCUUAGCUUUUCAUUUCUUAGCCCCAGUUCUGUUGUUGGGAAAAAGAGUUGUAAUUUAGAGUGCUCAGCUAACAUGUCAGAUGUAAAUGCAAUUGCUGGAGAAGAAGCAAGCUUGGGAAAGUUGCUAUUACUACCAGAUUCUCCCCUUUGCGUUGGACUUGAUGUUAAAGAAAUGGAUCGCAAGGCUAUAGAACCUAAAAGAGCUGGUGGAAUGAAUGGACAUAGGGUAUUGGGAAUCCACAGCAAGAGAAAUAGGACAAUUGGACUUGGUGAGUGUGAGCAACUUGACCUUGUGGUGACUGAAUCAGUCAUUCGCUGGUCAUCAUGCACUCAACUCCCUACAUCUUUGAGAUCAUCUCUUGUCUGCUAAAAAGAUAGACUUUUCCACUGAUUAAUGGAAUAGGUUCAUGUUGUGCCUAAAUUUCGGCAUAUCCGUGUAAAUUUUUGCCUCCUCAGAGAAGUGUAUAUGUUUCCUUACUUGCAUUUGUCGACCUCAGUUAGUUUGGAAUAAAAGUGAUGUUGAUAUAGAUUGUCUUCUUGUUGGUGUGAGGUUUAGUUUAGAUUUGGUGAGGGUUUAAUGAUGUGUCUGAUUGAAAAGUGGUGCUAUACUAAUUGCUCACUUUCUUGUUUUUCCUCCUCUUUUUCCGUUCUCAUGUCAUGUACAUUGGGUGUGAGUAAAAGGCUUUCAUUCUACUUAGUUUGUAAAUGAAGUUUGUGUCUUUAUGAUAGUACUUCAGUUAUCUUAACAUUAUGUUUCUUUC